AUGUCGGUCACCGAAAAGCCCGCCAUGGAAAGCAAACCUAUUGAAGGUGAUCGCGAAAGCGUUGCCAAGGGCACCAUCAUUGGGGACGACCUCGACGAUGCUAUCCUGCGAGCAAACGGCCAUAGACCUGACUUGAAGCGUCAGUUCAACUGGUUCUCUGCUCUUGGUCUCGGCUUCUCCAUCACCAACUCCUGGGCCGGAUACAUUAGCAACUUUGGCCAGAGCCUCGUCUAUGGAGGACCUCAGGUCUGUAUUCUGGCACUUGUCGUCGCCUGGGUUGUGCAGUUCCUCAUCACACUGGGUCUGAGCGAGAUCGCCUCCGCGUUUCCGUCCACCGGUGGUCAGUACCACUUUUGCUAUAUUCUCAGCCCCGAGAAGACGAAGCGGUUCACCGCCUUCACGAUCGGCUGGAUGUCUACCCUUGCUUGGUGGGUUGUGACAUGCUCUGGGAUCUCGCUUGCCGCUGCUGUGCUCGGUGGAAUGAUCAGUUUUGUUCAUCCCGAGUUUGUGGCUACCAGCUGGCAAAUCUACUUGUUCUACGUUGCCGUGGCAUUCAUCACAGUUGUACCGGUGUUUGUUGCCUCGAAACGCAUAGCGAUCAUGGUUCAGUUCACUCUCUUUUGCUCCAUUUUUGGAAUGUUGUUGUUCCUUUUCGUCCCCACGGGAAUGCACAAGCACACAAACGAUGCCUCAUUCCUCGUCCAGUCUGGCUUGGGAGUGAGCGGCUGGAACUCGGGCACAGCCUGGGUCUUGGGCAUUACAAACUGCAUGUAUGCUUUUGGUGCCACUGACGGAGCCAUCCACAUUAGCGAGGAGAUGUCGCACCCUGGAAGAAGAGUGCCACAGGUCAUCAUCAUGACUAUGUUUAUCGGCCUGCUCACUAGCCUGCCUCUCUUUAUUGCCUUAAUGUUCUUCAUGACGGACUUGGAUGCUGUCCGACACUCGCCACUUCCUAGCAUGGAGAUCAUUUACCAGGCCACCGGAAACCGCAACGUUACCAUUGGCCUUGAAGCACUCCUUCUCGUUGUCUACAUCUUUUCUCUCCCCUCUCAGUGGGUUACCUGUGGCCGUAUUGCUUGGGCCUUGGCUCGUGAUAACGGCAUCCCUUACUCCCACUACUUUUCCAAGGUUGACCGAAAACUCGAGUUCCCCGUCCGAACAACCAUCAUGGCUUUCAUCUUCACUCUGAUCUACGGCCUGCUCUACCUCGCUUCGACCAGCGCCUUCAACUCGAUUAUUACAUCGGCUGUUCUGUUCUUGAACAUUACAUAUGCUGUCCCUCAGGGAAUUCUGCUUACUCAAGGUCGCAAAGAGCAUUUGCCCCCACGAUAUCUGAACCUGGGUGUCCUCGGAUACGUCUGCAACACAUUCUCUAUCCUUUGGAUCGUGGUGUUGGGAGUCUUUGUGUGCAUGCCGCCUACUUUGCCCGUCACGACCGAGACCAUGAACUACAUCAGCGUCGUUACCGUUGGCCUAUUUUCCAUUAUUAUCGGUCUCUGGUUUUUCGAGGGCAGGAAGAAGUUUCAGGGACCUCAUAUCGACUGGGAAAUGAUCAAGGAGGCUAAUCUUCAAAUGCUCAAGGGAGAGAACCAUCAGGUUUAG